CCGCUUCCUGGUGUGGACUAAUAAUAAUGGACUGAUGAGAGAGAGAGAGAGAGAGAGAGAGAAGGUAGAACUGCUCGAGUCGGGUGAGUCCUCGGUGUGAUCUGUUCUGAUGUGUUACUGACCUGCGGGAACUGUACGAGCUGUUACAAGGAAGGGACACCAUAUUCAGUUGGAGGAAUGUCAGCUGUAAACAAAUCUGCAGAGGAUGGCGGCUCCUUCUCGUCAAAAGUCAUCAACAUCGUGUUUAUCAUCCUGCUGCUGGACCUGCUGGGAUUCACUCUGAUUCUACCUCUACUACCUUCCAUUUUGGACCAUUAUGCACAAACGGAGGAUGUUGUGUAUCAGUCUUUGCAGAGUGUUGUGGACUGGUUCAGGGAGGCUGUGGGGAUUCCUAUGGAAAAGAAAUACAACAGUGUUCUGUUUGGAGGUCUGAUCGGGUCGCUGUUUUCUCUGCUGCAGUUCCUGUCGUCACCGGUAACCGGGGCUCUGUCAGACCACUAUGGCAGACGACCCUUGCUCAUUCUUACCACAUUAGGGCUGAUGUCCUCCUAUGCAGUCUGGGCCGUUUCCCGGAGCUUCAGCAUGUUCCUUUUGUUUCGAGUAAUUGGGGGCAUUUGUAAGGGCAACGUCAGCCUCUGCACUGCCAUCGUGGCCGACUUGCCUUGCCCAAAAGCACGGAACCGAGGAAUGGCUAUGAUUGGCAUCGCUUUCUCCUUGGGCUUCACCGUGGGACCUCUGAUGGGUGCCUACUUCGCCCUCAGCUCCAAAACAACAGGAAAUAUCUUCUACCAAACUCCAGCUCUGCUCGCCUUGGGCUUCAGUGUUGCUGAUCUCCUCUUCAUUUGGCUCAUGCUGCCAGAGACGCUCACGAAGGACGUCAAGGCUUCAUCUUCAGGGUUCGGGGACUCCCGGGACCUUAUGAACCCAUUAUCUUUGUUCCAUUUUUCAGCUGUUACCAGGGCAAAAGAUCCACCUUCCAAAGAAAGAAUGCAGAAGCUUCAAGUGUUGGGCCUGGUUUAUUUCUGCUACCUCUUCCUGUUCUCUGGUCUGGAGUUCACGUUGAGUUUUCUGACUCACCAACGCUUCCACUUUACAAGUAUGCAGCAGGGAAAGAUGUUCUUCUUCAUUGGUGUCAUCAUGGCUUUGAUCCAGGGGGGUUAUGCUCGAAGAAUCAAACCCGGGCACCAUAUCAAGGCCGUUCGUAUGGCAAUCAUAGCAUUAAUCCCAGCAUUUAUUCUCAUCGGGCUCUCGUGGAAUAUAACAAUGCUUUACGCUGGCUUGGCAUUAUACUCAUUCGCUGCUGCAAUAGUUGUUCCAUGCCUGUCAACGCUGGUUUCUGACCACGGCUCGGCCAGUCAGAAGGGCACAGUGAUGGGGAUUCUGCGUAGUUUGGGCGCUCUGGCCAGAGCGCUGGGACCAGUGGUGUCAUCCUCCAUUUACUGGAUAGCUGGAGCUCAGAUCUGUUUUCUCCUCACAUCAGCCUCGUUCAUUAUUCCUCUGGCUCUCCUGAGAACAGCUGGGAGGCUAAAGGAGGAGUGAGAGACACAAAGACUUGAAAGAGACAUUUUCAUUUUUCAUAUUUUCUAUGAAUGUUAUAAUGUUUGCAUCGGCACUGACCGAUUAAGAGGUUUAUACUUUCUGCGCUGUUCACCAAGGAUCAUGACAUGAAACAAACUGAUGCAAGAAGACACGAACCUGCCAAAACAGAGGGGAAGUUAUUGUGGGGAAUGAUGUAAUGCCUAUUUACUAUGAAAUACGUGGGUGGGUAACAAAAAACAUUUAUUCUGUAUCUUGUAUAUCAUUUUAUAUGCAGUAUUUUAUCAUCACUCAGAUUUUAUAUUUUACAAAGUACGCUUUCUAUUUUAGCUCACUUAAAAAAUGUGGAUAUUCUAUUUUCUUGAAAUUAAAAAGAAUGAGAAGGAUGA